ACGCGUCUCCGGCGAAUUAUUCAAAUUCCCGAUUUAAAGGCAGUUGCAAUUAGGGUUUUAUAACUCGGCGAGGAUCGAUUCAGAAGCGAUGAAUCUAUUGACAAUGGUGAAGCUGACACAGAGAAUUAACGCGAAAGAAUUAGAUUUAGGAAUCUCCGACGAAGCAUCAUGGCACGCUAAGUUCAAAGAUUCAGCGUACGUUUACGUCGGACGCUCACCGUACGAUCUCACGGAGGGUGAUCUCCUCGCCGUUUUCGAACAAUAUGGUGAGGUUGUUGAUGUGAAUCUUGUUCGAGACAAAGGAACUGGAAAAUCAAAAGGAUUUGCUUUUGUUGCUUAUGAAGAUCAGAGAAGUACUAAUCUUGCUGUUGAUAAUCUGAAUGGAGCUAAGGUGUUGGGGAGGAUCAUAAAAGUGGAGCAUCGUGGUGAAUACUUAAAGAGAGAAGAAGAGGAAGAUGAUGAGACGAAGGAGAAGAAGAGAGAGGCUCGUGGUGUUUGCAGAGCUUUUCAGAGAAGGGAGUGUACUCGUGGAGAUUCUUGCAAGUUUUCUCAUGAUGAAAACAGAGAGCUGCUAAUACCGGUUGGGGAGACGAAGAUCGGAGAAGUUCCAGGUGAGAUUGAGUAAAAGAAUCACUAUGACAUAUAGAGGA